AUGAGCGCGAAGUCGAGCAACAGAGCCGAGAUGGCACCCCCAGCCGCUGGUCCGCCUAUCGCCCGGACCGACCUCCACCGCACCCAGAGCGUCGCCGACCUUGGCGGCCCAGUGAGCGCGCCUCGCGUCGGCCACACACCAUUGUCGCGAUCUACGGCCUCCCUGCCUGUGCUUCCUAGUCAAGCCCCUGACAACUAUUUCCACUACAACCAGUACCAUCCCACGCCCGAGGUAUUCUACACGACCGACCUGGCCGCCGCGGAUGUCCGUCUGCGCGAGCUGCGGGGACCCUUCAUGGGACUGGAUAUGGAAUGGCCAUAUGAGAAGAUCCAACAGGACUCGUUCAGGUUUAUCGAGAAGAUUGGGAAGACGGCCAUGAUACAGGUGUGCGAUGAGCGGUUGAUCGUCAUGCUUCAUUUACAGGAUGCCAGUAUACGCGAUCUGCCGCCUAGGCUGAUUGAGAUCAUGGCAGAUCCGACAAUCUACAAGUGCGGUGUCCAAGUCAGAAACGACGGCUACAAGCUGCAGUCCGACUUCCCUGGACUCUUCCCAACUGGUAUCCGGAGCUUCUUGGAGCUGUCGAACAUCGCGCGCAUACUCAAUCCGGACCAAAAAUCUUACCCCAAAGGCGGUCCAGCAGAUCGGCGCAGGCUUGUCUCGCUCGCGAACCUGACAGAGAAGUUCAUUGGCAAGAAGCUUUUGAAGGACCCGGCGGUACGGGGCUGUGAUUGGGCAGGAGAUCUUAGUCAAAAGGAAAAGGACUAUGCGGCCAACGACGCCUUCGUCAGCCUUCAGAUAUGCCUGGAGUUGAUAAAGUGCGCCAUCGACCGCGGAACCCAUAUCGACCUGGAUUACUGCGUCAACACCAUCAAUGCGGACGGGACGCACUACCGAGGGGUCUUGACCGAGCGGACCAAGAUCCGUCCGAACAGGGCAGGUGAUGCUAGCGCGAACGACGAGGGUACCACCCCUCUCCAUCGCGCCACAGCUUCCGCUGCUUCAGCUCUGCCAAUCCUCGCCGUGCCUCCAGCGAUAGGCACUACCUCGAUCUCCACCAUCCCGGCUCUAUCUCCUUCAGUGGAUUCAUAUACGGACCCGACCGAUCCCUCCACAACCCAUGCUCUCCCCACACCGACAGAUCUACCUGGUCAGCCAGCUAUCACUCUCCCCACGUCACCGAUCAUACCGCGUCCCAUCUCCGCACUUCCCGUUCGGGCCAUUCCCCCUCUCACAUCGGCUACCACGUCCGCAAUGCCCGCAGCGCCAGCGGAACGCGCAGAUCCGCCCAUGGAUGUAUUGAGCGAGCAUAACGGAGAUGGCGACGUGACGGAAACGGAUGAUGGCGAAGAGGAGGGGGGCGGUCCGGGACAUCGGACGAAGAGGAGGCGUACAGCUGGAGUCGAGCAGGGAGACAGCGCGAGCUCGAGUCAGCUGCGUGUCCAAGCAGGAUUGACCUCGACUGAGCUAGCUCAGCCGUCGCCGAUCACGGACGUGUCGAUGGAGGGUGAUAGUGGUCGCAGAUUGAGGCCUGCCGACAGUGGGAUCGGUAUGGGGGAGGAGGCACCCGCUUGCCCAGCAGAGACCAAGAAGGGAGCGGCUGGACUGUCCGCCGAGGACGAGGCGCUGGCUCUGGCGAUGCUGGCGGAGCCGAUGACUCAGGGAGACGGAGCGACCGGUGAGAUCGCUGCGAAACUGGCUGGCGGGGGAGCGAAGGCACCUGCGUCCUCCGUCGCAGCGGUGCCACUUGAUCUCAACGCGGAGUUGGCAUAG